GUCAUCAAUUCCAGGAGAAUCCCGUUCUCCUUCGCCACUUAAAUCCUCACGCCUUGAGAAUUAGACAUUAUCAGUCAUAAUUAGCAGCAGUGAAGCAUCUUGAAUGUGACGAAGUGGGGAUCCCACCUGCCGGGGGAAGCGCGACAGUUCCUACUGUAAUUUCGAACACUGAAGAUAUGGGUAUGUCUUCUCAGCAGCGACAGACGGCUCCUUGAAAGCUGCAGACAUGGCGGUAUCAAGAUCCCUGCCUCUGAAACGAUAGCCUCUAUACGUCUGACGGAUGGAAUUUGCGGGGACCCGCCGGUCUAGAAAGAAUUGUUAACUCCAGUGCAUCGAGACGCACCAGGCAGCAAUGAUGAAGACCCACGGGCUGGCGGCAACCCUGUUUGUCUUAGCCUUUCCAGGCAUACUACUGCAAGCCACACAUGGAUACCCGGACAAAGUAACGAUAGGUGCAUUUUUCGAAGAGCCUACUACUGCAGAGGAAACAGCGUUUAAGUACGCGGUAGACCAGAUAAACAGGAACAACAGCAUUCUCCCUGGUGUGAAACUUCUUUACAAAAAGGAAGUCAUGAACAGGUCCAACCCAUUUCUAGCGACCAUCAAAGUGUGCUCCUUGAUGACCAGCCAGAUUGCCGCCCUUGUCAGUAUCACCAGCCAGUCAACAAAUACCGUGCUACAGUCCAUGACAAAUACCAUGACACUGCCACAUCUCUACGUCCCAAGGCCCUCGUGUAACUGCAAUGUCCUUGAACCGAAAGGCUACAGUCUGAGCAUGCGACCCAGGCAAUCACAACUUGACCAGGCGUUAUUAACAUUAAUAAAACAGCAACACUGGAGAAGUAUAGUUUUGAUAUACGACGAAUCCUAUGAUUUUGAAAGAUUGCAAACGUUAAUCAUUGAGGGGACGACUCACUCAUGGGACAUGCUGAUACUGAGAGUAUCUUCAAAAGAUGAACUGAAUAGCAAAUAUUUCCGGAAGAAACUGAAGUCCAUCGAUGAAAGGAACUUCAGAUACAACAACGUGGUGGUGUUAUGUUCACCGGAAACAACAGUUGAAGUUUUGUACCAGGCAAAUGAGAUGCACAUGGUCGGAAACCAGUAUCUCUGGGUGAUUGCAAAUGAGGAAAUAAGUGAUCGACAUUUAGACAGCAUCAAUAUCACGACUGGCAUGAUCACGGGUAUCAGGAAGAGAAUAUCAACAGUAGGCGGACACUUAAAUGACUUCUUGGCGCACCUUCAGAAAAUGCAUCCUGGAUACUCUCUCAACUUUAUCCUCCCGACAUUACAAGACUUUCCGGUGAGUCAUCUACAGUAG